AUGUUGAUUUCUUGGGUGAUUCACUCCAAACCAGGCACGGCCCUAGGGACUUUGCCGCCCUGGGCGAAAUCGGCAAACGCCGCCCCCCCUCACCAGAAGAAAUCACAAUCGAAGACAAAAGCUCAAGUGGACGCCAUAUUUUUCAAGCAGAUCCGUCACAUUCUGAGCAUCGCGAUAAAGGGCGUGCUCACACCUGAAGCCGGCUUUCUGCUGCUAGUGGCCGGCUCCCUGGUGGCCCGAUCGCUAUGCGACAUAUGGAUGAUACAGAAUCACACAUCUACCGAAAAUGCAAUCGUGACAAUGGAUAAGAGUCGAUUCAGAAAACAUCUUUUGGAGUUUUUAAUAGCUAUGCCUGUGAUAUCUUUGGUUAAUAAUGUAUUGAAGUGGGGAAUUGGAGAAAUUAAACUUAGAUUAAGGACUAGGAUAACGCAUUAUCUGUACGAUGAGUACUUAAAGGGCUUCACCUACUACAAAAUGUCGAACCUGGACACGCGGAUAGCGAACGCCGAUCAGCUGUUGACGACGGAUGUCGAUCGGUUCUGCGACUCUUUCGCCGACCUCUACUCCAACAUCUGCAAACCUCUGCUCGACAUAUUCAUCUAUGUCUAUCAACUGACUACCAAUGUGGGCGGGGCCACCCCAGGGCUUAUGAUGGUCUACCUUGUCUUCGCCGGCAUGUUCCUCACUUAUUUGCG